AACUGUAUCUCGCCACAAAAAUGUACAAGGUACUCGUCUUGCUCGCCAUAUUCGUAGGCGUUGCAAAUUGCUAUGUCGCAAUUGAACGGAAGGAUAUUUCGGUCCUUGGCGGGAUAGGAAUUCCAGAAAUUCCAGGAUUUAAGCCUCCCUUUCGAGAUUGCGGAGGUGCUGGCACUCUUAUCGACGUCAGGAUAAUUGGCUGGGAUGGAGAUGAAUAUUUUACUCCUGGACAGCUUUAUACCUACGAGCUCACAUUUAUGCCAAGCACAGCUGGACCUGUCAGUUUAAAACAAGAAUAUUGCUUUAACGGCGGAUUCUGCAUGGGAAUUAUUGAUGUCGACUUACCAAUUUCUAACGUUCAACCUGGAUUCGCAACCACGGUCAGGUUCAGCUUCACCCCGAACGACAUAUUGUCCGGACAAUCAAUAGAGCUCAAAACUUCAAUCGUGCACUCGACUAAUCUCCUGGUUGAGGUCUGCGUGGCUUUGGAAAUUAAAAUUCGUUGACAUCGCACGUUUAUAGUAGCAGUGAGCGGAUAUGUAUUUCGUUGAAAAAAUCGCUGAAAUAUGCAUUCAAUAUUUGCAAAAAAAAAACGAAAAAAAUGACAUAUGUACACAUCAUAUGUGAAAUUUGAUUUUUUUUAAUGCUCUGGAUUUCGUGUGGUCCUAUUUCUCUGAGAAAAAACUUUCGGAGCCACAUCGUAGAUAUAUUAACAUAAAAAUGAAUGUAUUUUUGAACAAAAAUUUGGAAAAUAUUUACGCAUUUUUAAAAAUAAUAGCGGAAAUAUCUGAAAUGUUUACCUCAAAAUCUAGAAAUAAGUAUGUUGUAUGUAAAAAUAUGUAUGAAUAUUUUGAAAUUCUUGCACCCUAUCGGAGUUAGGGAUACACUCACAAGGUAUGACCAUCGGUCGUUAUCAUAUGGAAAAGUUGAAAUUAAAUACAUAUCCGCCCUGUGUACAUAAUAUUGACUAAAUUAUGAUUGAAAAAUUUAUGCAAAUAUAAUAAAUAGUUGCACCAAAUUUUCAGCUGCAUUAAUGCAUUUAAAUUGUUGAAAUUAAAAACAUUUAUUUGCUAAACACAGAAUAAUCAGAUUCAAAUAAUCAAUCAAACCAAAUUUCAUAAAGGGUUACAAAACUGUUUGUACAGAUUUGCCAAAUUUUGUAAAAUUCU